AUGGCGGGACCUUCUGCAAUCGAAAAUCUAUUUGAUCAACUCAGAUUACCCAAGGAAUUGGUGACACGACUUAAAAGAUUGCUAAUAGAGCCAAACCAGGGUAGUGGAAGGAUUCGAAUAGCAUGUAAUACCGUACUGUGUGAAUAUUGUCCAACAGAAUCACUUGUUAUUGAUAGUAUGAAUACAUUACCAGAUGACAAACAAAUACCGUAUAUAUUGCCUGUAGUGAAUAAUCAGGGAAGAAACAUUGGCCAGUUAGAGAAGUUAUUUAUCCCGCAGCUAGUUCGGUGGAUUUCGACCGUUGGUUUUGAUUAUGAAAUACAAACUAGAUCGCUGUCUUGUCUUGCUAAUGCAGUGAUGUUGCAUCAAAGCAUACUAGAUAAAGAACAAAUGCACAUUGUGAGUUCACAGCUAGCUGACUGGUUACGAAAUGCUUCCGUACAUCAAGCACAAAAUCCAUUCUCAAGAAAAGUUUUCAAAGGAGAAGAGGGUAGCUUGGUGACUGACAUAGACGGCACGGCGUCACGUGAUAUCUUCACCAUACUCAGUAUCGGACAUUAUUACAGUGGAGAUCAGCUUUUGAAUAUUCAUAGUUUUUCCAUGCUUAAAAGUUGGUUGAUUUCCAGUCAUCCUAGUGCUAUACCUCUUGAUAAAGCCAGCCUGGAGACCUCAGAAUCCUAUAGCAGUGGAUUCAGCACGAGAGCUAGAGGUGUAUUGAAAGAGAAAUCAUGCGAAUAUUGUCUUAGAAUCAUUGAUCAAUGUGAGAGAAAGCCAAUGAAGGCACAGGAUGGACAUUUACAGCACGCUUGUUUAGUAGAAGUUCUCUCUAUAUUAGAUAUCCUAUGUCAGCAAGAUAACACACUCAUUGCAAGAUUAUUUCCGACAAUAAAACGAGUUUAUUUACAAAUUGCUGACAACAUGGACUAUCCCAGGGUGCAUCUGGCUCUUAUUCAGUUUUUUCUUAACCACGGUGACACUGUGAUGUAUGAUCCACAGCAAGCCUACGAGACGUUCUUUACUAAGUUACUCAGCUUACACUAUCUCGAAGAAUCUGCUGCUUUCGAUAUCAUAAUGUUUCUUCAAGAUAAUCUUGCUGUUCUUUCUUUACAAACUAAUAUUAUAGAGAAGUAUUUCCCAAAUUUACUGAGGGUUAGUGAUUUCAUCGUUAUAGUCUAUAGGGGUAGAUAA